GUGGUUUUGACACACUCAGUAGACCUAUUGCUGUUGGCGUGGUUAUCCUAAUAACCUAUCUUCUUGCUGUUCUUGCCAAUAUGGCAAAUAUCAUGUUUAUUAUUUCUGACAAGAGAUUACAUAAACCAAUGUAUCUUCUGAUUUGCAACCUUGCUGUUGUUGAUAUAAUGUACACCUCCAGUUGCAGUCCAACAAUGAUUGGGGUUCUACUCGCAGCUGUCCCUCUCCCACACUGCAGCUCCAGGCUUAGGUUUGGUGUGGUAUUGACUGUUGAGGAACGCCAAGGUUUAUUAAUUGGUGCAGUCCUCGGUCCAUGUCUUGUAAAUCCUUUUGUGUACUUUCUUAGAACAAAAGAAAUUAAACAAAAGCUCUUUAAGAUUUUCAAAAAGUUUAACACAUCUGACUAA